GAGCCUGGCAUGUCACCGAAGAGAAGGCAGGCGAAUGCGGUGUGCUCCUCGGCGGGCCGAGUCACGGCCCACCUACUGCUGUCCUUCCUCGCCCUGUCGGCAUCGCCCAUCUCGGCCGCCGGGAAUGCCAGACAAGAGGCCCAACUCGUCCUCCCAGUCGAAUCCUCCCCCAUAACACCCCUCAUACCAGAGCCGCCGGGGCCCGCAGAACAUUUGUUUACUCUUCGACACAUCUACCAUCACGGCACCUACAGACACCCGCACCUCCAUCGCAAACAUGAUGUCUCGCAGCCCCGCGGUGACGUGUGGCUGGCGGCCGAGGACGGCUACGAGGCGGAGCGCAUCGGCCCGCUGCGAGCCCGAAGCAAUGCCCUCCGGAUACAGCGGCUGGUGGAUCGAAGGCCCAGCGUGGUAGACCCUAUGGUGGCUGAGGCGCGACGGCGGGGUUCUGUCGCGGUCCUUUCGCCGUCGGCAUGGACUGUCGAUGAUGUACCGGGGCCCAACGUUACCGACAAGGACACGAUUCUUACCCUGGCCCUGAUGGCGGCCGAUGCCUACGCGGAGACGCCGGCCGACGCGGACUGGGAAGACGUCGGCGGGCCCUUCAACCGCAGCGUCGACUUCGGCUGGGAGGGCGAUGGGCUGCGCGGCCACGUGUUCGCCGACGAGAACAACUCGACCAUCGUCAUCGGCCUGAAGGGGACGUCGCCCGCUGUCUUUGAUGGGGACGGCACCACCACGAAUGACAAGAUAAACGACAAUCUUUUCUUCAGCUGCUGCUGCGCCCAGCAAGGACCCUGGACGUGGCACCAGGUCUGCGAUUGCGCGACUGGCACAUACACGUGUAACAACACAUGUGUCGUGCAAGCCCUGCGGGACGAGAACCGGUACUACCAGGCGGCGCGCGAGCUGUACGCCAACGUCACCGAGCUGUACCCCACCUCGCAGGUGUGGAUCACGGGUCAUUCGCUCGGUGGCGCUGUUGGCUCCUUCCUCGGCCUCACAUAUGGUGUGCCGGUGGUGACCUUCCAGGCGGUGCCCGAAGCUCUGCCGGCCUCGAGGCUGGGUCUGCCUGUGCCCCCAGGAGCCGAUCCGAGUGCGCCGCAGACGAGGGAAUACACCGGGGCGUUUCACUUUGGGCACACGGCUGAUCCUAUCUACAUUGGCACCUGCAACGGGGCGACGGCGUCGUGCUCCUUCGGCGGAUACGCUCUGGAGACGGCUUGCCAUACGGGCCGCGAGUGCGUCUACGACACGGUUGGCGACAAGGGAUGGCGCGUCGGCAUCGGCACGCACAAGAUCAAGGCGGUGAUCCGCGAUGUCAUCCUGAAGUAUGACUCGGUCCCGGAGUGCAAGUUCACGCCUGAGUGCAGAGACUGCGGCAACUGGAAGAUGUACGAGAGCAAUGGGACGGAGAUCACGACGACUUCGAGCGCUUCGACAACAACCACCAAAACGCGCACCCGCACCGAGACCUGCAAGACACCGGGUUGGUGGGGUUGCCUGGACGAGACAACUACCACUACUGGCACUGUCACCACGCCCGAGACGACGACAUCUUCUACCACGACUUGUCACACUCCGGGCUGGUUUGGAUGCAAGGACAAGACGACCACGACCACGACCACUUCAACAACGCCAGUCGAGACCAGCACGACAAGCACCACGUGCCUGACACCAGGACGAUUCUGGGGGUGCAACGACAAGACCACAACAGAGACUAGCACCACAACGACAACAACGCAGGAGCAAAGCACGAUUACUCCGCCCCCAAGCAUGCCGGCGCCGACUUCAGCGCCCUCGGCAGCGCCCACGGAUGAUGCCCCCAAGGAGGGUCGCUGUGUCGACCGGGCCUGGUACGGCUGGUGCAGGAAGUACGAGGGCGAUGCUCCCGAGAAGAAGGAGGAUAUGUAACUACCUAGGUUUUCAGUGCAUGUGUCUGUGGCUCAUUUUGGAUGAUUGACCUGGCGCGUUGGAGUUUCACUGGGAUAGCUGUCGGUGCGCGAGAUGGAGGUUUGCAUUCGCAUAGCAUGGUACAGUACAUGCCGGGAUAAGCAACAUCGGGAACACAUCGUGUAAGGCGCCGAAGAGCGGUUCUAGGGUUCAGAGGUAUUCCGUGCACUACACGCACUACACGCAAUAUGCAUAUCAAUGACCAUUGCG